GAUAUUGGCUUGCUUCUCACUUUCACUGGUUUGUCUUGCUCAGGAGGCAACCUGAAGAAACCCUUGCUCCAUCUCCGAUCGCUUCAUUCAGCAAUAUCUCGCGCUUUCUCUGAAUUCCAGUUUAGAAUUUCAUUCAGAAUUUGUGAAGAUGACGCAAGACGCCGAGAUGAAAGAGCUUCCCGCUCCAAUUUCUUCUUCUUCUGCUGCUUCAACUUCUCCCUCUGCUUUACAACAUUUGAAAGAGAUCGUCUCGCUCAUUGAGACCGGUGCUUAUGCCCGGGAAGUCAGGCGAAUUGUUCGAGCUAUUCGUCUGACCAUGGCGUUACGGCGGAAGUUGAAGGCAUCUGUCCUUUCUUCAUUCCUGAAUUCGGCUCUCCAGCCAGGAUCCGAUGUGCACACACGGUUAUCGUCAUUUCUUCCAAAGGAGGAUGACUACGAAAUGGAUGUUGACUCUGCAACACAGGCACCUGCAAAACACCCCUUACCCGAGAUAGAGAUAUUCUGCUAUUUGAUUGUGCUAAUAUUUUUGAUUGAUCAGAAGAAAUAUGAUGAGGCUAAGGCUUGUGCUACAGCUAGCAUUGCCCGACUGAAGAACCUGAAUAGGAGAACAGUUGAUGUGCUAGCAUCUAGGCUCUACUUCUAUUACUCACUCAGCUACGAACUCACUGGCGAUCUUGCUGAAAUAAGAGGCAACCUCCUAGCCCUGCAUCGCAUAGCAACCUUACGCCACGAUGAAUUGGGUCAGGAAACCCUCCUCAACCUACUACUUCGCAACUACCUCCACUACAAUCUUUAUGAUCAAGCAGAGAAGUUGAGGUCUAAGGCACCCCGAUUUGAAGCUCACUCAAAUCAGCAGUUCUGUAGGUACCUAUUUUACCUAGGCAAGAUCAGGACCAUUCAGCUGGAAUAUACAGAUGCAAAGGAGUCUCUUCUACAAGCUGCUCGGAAAGCGCCUAUUGCUGCUCUUGGUUUUCGAGUGCAAUGCAACAAGUGGGCAAUCAUUGUUCGCUUGUUGUUAGGAGAAAUCCCCGAGAGGACUGUUUUCAUGCAGAAAGGCAUGGAAACAGCUUUGAGGCCAUACUUUGAACUUACAAAUGCUGUGAGAAUUGGUGACUUGGAGCUUUUCAGAACUGUUGCCGAGAAAUUCUCUAGUACUUUCAGCUCAGACCGGACCAACAAUUUGAUUGUGAGGCUGCGACAUAACGUAAUUAGAACUGCGCUUCGCAACAUUAGCAUUUCUUAUUCGCGCAUUUCUCUAGCUGAUGUUGCUAAAAAGCUGAGAUUGGACUCUGAAAAUCCUGUUGCUGAUGCUGAGAGUAUCGUCUCCAAGGCAAUCCGAGAUGGAGCAAUCGACGCCACAGUUGAUCAUGCCAACGGAUGGAUGGUAUCCAAGGAGACUGGUGACAUCUACUCUACCAAUGAACCUCAAAUGGCCUUCAACUCCAGGAUUGCAUUUUGCCUUAAUAUGCAUAACGAGGCAGUUCGUGCUCUUAGGUUUCCACCAAAUUCUCACAAAGAAAAAGAAAGUGCUGAGAAGAGGAGAGAAAGACAGCAGCAGGAGCAAGAACUUGCUAAGCAUAUUGCUGAGGAAGACGAUGACGACUUUUAAUUGAUUCAAUCUGAGACGCGAUACGAGUCGAGUUGUCGGUGCGUUAAAGAUGGUACGACUUUAUUCAGAAAUGCUAGGCAGAAAAUUUCUUGGCCUUUUAUCUUUAUCAUGAAUUUGUUGUGUUUUAAUGCUGGCUUGCUAUUUCAUCCAUCGAACGAUCUUUAGAUAUUAUUUACUCCAACUCUAAAUUGUAACUCUAAAUUAUCUUGUUAUAGUUGAUAUUUAUGACUCUUUUAUUUUCCA